UAAUUUUAGCAACAAAGGUCAGUGAAGUCACGCCUCCAGUGAUGGGUAACAGAACCAGUCCUGUCUUUAUUAUUCUCUAUGCUCUUCAAUGGUUCUGAAGCGAGGGAUGGCUCUUUUGAGACGAACAAGGCGUAAAGGAAUAGUCCUACUCGCCAUCAUAUGUAUAUCCUCCUCCACACUCCUCAGGAUAUUCAUACAAGGCGAACGCAUGUACAACCAGUAUUACCAGGAGUCUUCCCAAGUAAUUCGAAGCGGUCCUGCGGCCCAGGACUUGGAUCUACAGCUUCUACCAAAGACCCUACCAACUAAUAACUCGAGAACGGAGUCCUUGUACUCGUCGCUUUAUCCCUGCAAUUCGAAGCACUGCUUGGACCGCUUGUCCACCGAGGACUUUGCCCUGUACAAUAAGUGUACCAAUAGCGCUGCUAAAAGAGGGCCGGUGUUAAGCUUCGGUUGUCACUUCAUUAACGGCUCCAGAAGGAGCCCGGUUGCCCUAGUCUCCUUCCCUGGUAGUGGUAAUACAUGGGUACGUGGUCUACUGGAGCUAGCUACCAGCAUAUGCACUGGGUCUAUUUAUUGCGACCGCGAGCUGAGAGCAAAAGACUUCACCGGUGAAGGCCUGUACAGUGGCUCUGCCCUAGUUGUGAAGACCCAUCGGUAUAACAUAUACUUUGGUUCAAGGGUCCGUCGCCAGAAACCGUUGUUCUCCAGUGCUGUGUUUUUAGUACGAGAUCCAUUUGAUGCUCUUGUCUCUGAGCGAAACAGGGAAGUGUCUAAAAUGAAAAAUGUGUCUGUUUUUUAUCAAGUGAAUGGCUCCAGCAGUCACAUAGGUGUUGUGGAAGAGGAUAGCUUUGGUGAGAAUAAGGAAUGGGAUCGCUUUGUGAACAUCAAGAUUAACUGGUGGAGCAAGCUAAUACAGUAUUGGGUGGUGAAUUCCAGUGUACCAGUACUAGUGGUAAAGUUUGAGGACCUGAAACAAGAUCCUGUACAAGAGGUAAAGAGGAUACUGGACUUCAUUAAUUAUCAUCAACUAACUGUUGAGGAACUGAGCCUUAAGAUGAAAGAUGGAUUCAACAAAUAUCGGAGGCCAAAGCAGAAAAAAAGGAUAAAACAUUUUACUAAAAAGCAAAUAGAGACAAUCAAUCAUCACAUACAGCUAGUUGUGUCUCAGCUACGGAUUAAGAACAAGUACAGAAACAACAUACUCUCACAUUACAUAAGACUAGCCGACUAGCAUCACUCUCCAUUUCAAAUAUAUUACAUUAAUAUAUUAUUGUAAAGCAUCAUCAUCAUCAUUAUUCAUUAUUAUAAUUAUACUUAUCUAUUGUUAGAAAUUUGAUACAAUUAUGGUGUUCAAAU